AUGCUGAAGCCCGGAGACCCCGGCGGCUCGGCCUUCCUCAAAGUGGACCCAGCUUAUCUGCAACACUGGCAGCAACUCUUCCCGCACGGGGGCGGAGGCCCGCUCAAGGGCGGCGGUGCCGCGGGUCCCCUGGGCGCACCACAGCCUCUCCAGCCGCCGCCACCCCCGGAGCGCGCUGAGCCCCAGCCAGACAGCCUGCGCCCGCGGCCGGCCUCGCUCUCCUCCGCCUCGUCCACUCCGGCUUCCUCCUCCACCUCGGCCUCCUCUGCCUCCUCCUGCGCUGCCGCUGCCGCUGCCGCCGCCGCCGCCGCCGCGCUGGCGGGUCUCUCGGCCCUGCCGGUGGCGCAGCUGCCGGUGUUCGCGCCUCUGGCCACCGUCGCCGCGGAGCCUCUGCCCCCCAAGGACCUGUGCCUCGGCGCCACCUCGGGCCCGGGGCCCUCCAAGUGCGGAGGCAGUGGCGGGGACGGCCGGGGUGCCCCGCGCUUCCGCUGCAGCGCGGAGGAGCUGGACUAUUACCUGUACGGCCAGCAGCGCAUGGAGAUCAUCCCGCUCAACCAGCACACCAGCGACCCCAACAACCGUUGCGACAUGUGCGCGGACAACCGCAACGGCGAGUGCCCCAUGCACGGGCCGCUGCACUCGCUGCGCCGGCUCGUGGGCACCAGCAGCGCCGCGGCCGCCGCGCCCCCGCCGGAGCUGCCCGAGUGGCUGCGGGACCUGCCCAGGGAGGUGUGCCUGUGCACCAGCACCGUGCCCGGCCUGGCCUACGGCAUCUGCGCGGCACAGAGGAUCCAGCAGGGCACCUGGAUCGGGCCCUUCCAGGGCGUGCUCCUGCCCCCGGAGAAGGUGCAGGCCGGGGCCGUGAGGAACACGCAGCAUCUCUGGGAGAUAUAUGACCAAGAUGGGACACUACAGCACUUUAUUGAUGGUGGGGAACCUAGUAAGUCGAGCUGGAUGAGGUAUAUCCGAUGUGCAAGGCACUGCGGAGAACAGAAUCUAACAGUAGUUCAGUACAGGUCGAAUAUAUUCUACCGAGCCUGUAUAGAUAUUCCCAGGGGUACCGAGCUUCUCGUGUGGUACAAUGACAGCUAUACGUCUUUCUUUGGGAUCCCUUUACAAUGCAUUGCCCAGGAUGAAAACUUAAAUGUCCCCUCAACGGUCAUGGAAGCCAUGUGCAGACAGGACGUCCUGCAGCCCUUCAACAAGAGCAGCAAACUCUCCCAGGCUCCCCAGCAGCGCUCUGUCGUCUUCCCCCAGACUCCCUGCGGCAGGAACUUCUCCCUCCUGGAUAAGUCAGGGCCCCUGGAAUCUGGAUUUAAUCAAAUCAGCGUGAAGAACCAGCGCGUCCUGGCAAGCCCCACCUCCACCAGCCAGCUCCACUCGGAGUUCAGUGACUGGCACCUCUGGAAAUGCGGGCAGUGCUUUAAGACUUUUACGCAGCGGAUCCUGCUACAGAUGCACGUGUGCACACAGAACCCUGACAGACCUUACCAAUGCGGCCACUGCUCCCAGUCCUUUUCCCAGCCUUCAGAACUGAGGAACCACGUGGUCACUCACUCCAGUGACCGGCCUUUCAAAUGCGGCUACUGUGGUCGUGCCUUUGCUGGGGCCACUACUCUCAACAACCACAUCCGAACCCACACUGGAGAAAAGCCCUUCAAGUGUGAGAGGUGUGAGAGGAGCUUCACGCAGGCCACCCAGCUGAGCCGACACCAGCGGAUGCCCAAUGAGUGCAAGCCAAUAACCGAGAGCCCAGAAUCAAUCGAAGUGGAUUAA